AUGACACCAAAAAGUCAAUCGCACAAGGACGUUAUCAUUGUAUCUAUUAAUCAGUCAUUUUUCCAACUCAUCUAUCUAUCUAUCUAUCUAUCUAUCUAUCUAUCUAUCUAUCUAUCUAUCUAUCUAUCUAUCUAUCAUUAUUCUAUCUUAUCUAUCUAUCUAUCUAUCUAUCUAUCUAUCAAUCAUUAUUCUAGCUUAUCUAUCUAUCUAUCUAUCUAUCUAUCUAUCUAUCUAUCUAUCUAUACAUCUUAUCUAUUUAUCUCUCAUCUAUCUAUCUAUCUAUCUAUCUCAUCUAUUUAUCUGUCAAUCAUUAUUCUAGCUCAUCUAUCUAUCUAUCUAUCUAUCUAUCUAUUUAUCUCUCAUCUAUCUAUCUAUCUAUCUAUCUAUCUCAUCUAUUUAUCUGUCAAUCAUUAUUCUAGCUCAUCUAUCUAUCUAUCUAUCUAUCUAUCUAUCUAUCGAUAUAAAGUUCCUUAUAUAUCACUCUAUCUAGCUAGCUAUAUCGGCGGAUGA